AUGGAAGACCCACUAUCAGCCUCUAAUGCCUGUGGUGUCGAAGUGCCCCGGGGACGUCUGCCCAGAGGUAUCGAGAACGCAGACGACAUAGCCCUUCUUGGAUCUGACCCCGUGAUAAUGCGAACAAAACCAGCCAAUAUUCUUGUCAUGGGGGAAGGUUCCGAACGAGGCCGAGUUAAAAUCGCUGACCUGGGUUUCGCACGUCUCUUCUACCAGCCGCUGAAACCGUUGGCAGAUUUGGACCCAGUGGUAGUGACAUUUUGGUAUCGUGCUCCUGAGCUGCUUCUGGGGGCUCGACAUUAUACUAAAGCAAUUGACAUUUGGGCCAUUGGUUGCAUUUUCGCUGAGCUAUUGACAUAUGAGCCGAUUUUUCACUGCCGACAAGAAGAUAUUAAGACAAGUACUCCAUAUCACAAGGAGCAACUGGAACGCAUCUUCCGGGUUAUGGGUUUCCCUCCUGAUGACGCCUGGGUCGACAUGAAAAAAAUGCCGGAAUAUUCUCAACUGAUGAGAGAUUCAAUCAAUAAGAAAACGUACGGAAAGUAUGCUCUGGAAGGUUAUCUGGAUGAAAAGAAAUUCAAAGUAGAAGAGCGCGAAUUGGCUUUGCUUCGUCGUUUGCUAACAAUGGAUCCAGUUCGGCGUUUGUCAGCUGCUGAAGCCAUGGAAGACCAGUACUUCAGAGAAGGAGCCCCUCCUAAUGAAGAUGUGUUUGGCAACCUCCCAAUCCCUUACCCGAAACGUGAGUUCAUUUCGGAUGACGAUGCCGAUGAUAAACAAACUGGGGCGGGCGGUGCCGCAGACAAGAACCCAGGACAACAGACAACCCAGCCGGGACAGCGUCAGGGGGGCGCACAGCAUACUGGAUUGCACCAUUCCGCGUUGCACGCAUCGCAGCAACGGAGCAGCAGCGGUCCACCUCCUGCACAACAGCAACAGCAGGUACCUCCGACCCAACAACAACAACAGACACAUCAUCUCCAAAGCAGUCAGGCCCAUGGCGGCUCUUCCAGUAGUCAUCUGCGACAAAUACCGCAUAUGCAGGCCGAUGAAGCACCUGCUUCCAAGCGCAUGCGCAUGGGGCCUGCUCCAACUGGCGAAACUUCCAAACCUGGUGGUGCUAGUGGCAAUUCCGACGUAUCUGCAAGUUCGAUGGCAGGCAAGAUGCAUUCGGAGCCUCACCCUCAACACCUGCAAUCCACCAUGGGGAAUUAUCCUCAUCAGUCUCAGCAGCAACAAUCGUUACGUGGAUUCCAGCCGAGCCACGUUGCACAUUCAGGGUCGAACUACAAUCGUUACCACUAAGAUCACCUUGUACAUCUUGUAUCUCAAAAUAAAGCACGCUUCUC